AUGGCUUUCGGAAAGCUUUACGGUCUUCCUGAGAACGGUCGUACCAUCGCCGCCCUCGUCGCUGCCAAGUGCAACGACUUGGAGGUCGAGCUGGUCAAGACUGAGGCCAACUCUGCCGCUGCCUUCAACCAGUCUGCUGAGUACCUCAAGCUCAGCCCCCUCGGCAAGAUCCCUGCCUUCGAGGGUGCCAAUGGCUUCACUCUUUCCGAGUCCAUCGCCAUCGCUGUCUACGUGACCUCCCAGAACGAGAAGACCACUCUCCUGGGCAAGACCAAGCAGGACUACGCUGCCAUCCUUCGCUGGCUCUCGUUUGUCAACUAUGAGGUCCUCCCCAAGCUCGGUGCCUGGUACCGCCCUCUGAUGGGUCUUGACGCCUACAACAAGAAGAACGUUGAAGAUGCCGCCAAGGCUGCCAACAAGGCUCUCGCCGUCCUUGAGAAGCACCUCACCGCCAACACCUACCUGGUCGGUGAGCGCAUCACCCUCGCCGAUUACUUCGGUGCCUCUCUCCUCACCCGCGCUUUCGCUACCGUCCUGGACAAGGCUUGGCGCUCUGAGAACGUUGCCGUCGCCAGAUGGUACAACACUAUCAUCAACCAGGCUCCUUUCAAGGCCGUCGUCCCCAGCCCUGUCUUGGCUGAGGAGGCUAUCAAGUACACUCCUCCCAAGAAGGAGGAGAAGCCCAAGGCUGCCCCUGCCAAGGCUGCUGCUCCUGCUGCCGAGCCCGAGGCGCAGCCUGAGAAGAAGCCCAAGCACCCUCUUGAGGCUCUUGGCAAGCCCGAGUUCGUCCUUGAUGAGUGGAAGCGCCAGUACUCUAACGAGGAUACCCGCCCCGUUGCUCUGCCCUGGUUCUGGCAGAACUACAAGCCCGAAGAGUACUCUCUCUAUGCUGUUGACUACAAGUACAACAACGAGCUGAAGCUCACCUUCAUGGCCAACAACCUGAUCGGUGGUUUCCACGCCCGUCUCGAGGCUUCCCGCAAGUACCUCUUCGGUGCUCAGUCCGUCUACGGCGAGAACUACAACUGCGUCGUCCGCGGUGUCUUCCUGGUCCGUGGCCAGGACUGGAAGCCCGCCUUUGAGGUCGCCCCUGACUGGGAGAGCUACGACUUCCGCAAGCUCGACCCCUCCAACCCCGAGGACAAGAAGCUCGUCGAGGACAUGUGGGCCUGGGAUACCUCCGUCACUGUUGACGGCAAGGAGUACCCCCACGUUGAUGGUCACGUCUUCAAAUAG